AUGUCGUCAGUUACAGCUACAAGUCCAAAGAAGGAUCCACUAUUCGAACAAAUGAUGACUCCUUCAACUGGUGAAAAUGUCCAAGAUCUUCCGCUCCACAACUACUACUCCGAAUUCCGUCUCGGUCAAGGAGAUCCCCUCCUCAAGUCAAGUAUGGAGGGAUGGUCAUGUACGACUGUCGACGGCAAGGAAACAAAGAAGCCACAAAAGGAGGUUCUACAUCUUGACCACGGAGAAAAUUCCAACGUUCUCGCAUUUCCAGCUGCUUCAGCAGUUGGAUUUCCAAACGAGACUGCCCUUGCGGCCCCACUCCAGAGCCCCGCAUCAUUGCUUCAAAAGUAG